CACUACAUUGGCGAGAUGACAUACAAUAGUAUGCUAAAGGUUUAUGUAGAUCAUAUUACCGAUGGACAGUUACAAUGGGCUACUAUGGCUGAUCCGUUUGAUACAAUUGUUAUUGGUCAAGGGGAUGAAGCUAGACACUAUCCGCGUUUCAGUGGAAAAGAGAAAUUCAGACAGGGACUUGUAGACAAGUUCCCUGAUGAAAUUGUAGCCAUUGAUAAGUGGAUGAAGUACAUUGAGUCAUCGGAGAAUACAGAUCUUGGCCAGGUUAUGACUAAGCUAUUGCCAAUGUGGUUAAAUAAAUUCUUGUCAUCUACUGGGUUAUUCAAUCUGUUCACCAAUUAUUACAAGUAUUCUCAACGUAGUGUCAAAGAAAUGGCUGAAGAGCUCACGACAAACAAAGAUCUGCAAGCUGUGAUGUCAUAUUGUCACGGCGACUAUGGUACCUUGCCAGGCGAUGCCAGUUUUGCCUUGCAUUGUGGACUGAUGUUUCAUUUUUUAAAGGGAGCUUCCUACCCGGUUGGCGGAGCUAGUGAGAUAGCUUUCCAUAUCAUACCUAGUAUAGAGAAGGCUGGCGGUAAAGUCUUGGUUAGAGCGCCAGUAUCUCAGGUUUUACUCGAUGGAGAGGGUGGGGCGUAUGGUGUUCGUGUUCAUAAAAGCAGUGGUGAUGUCGACAUUCAUGCUCCAAUAAUAAUAUCAGAUGCUGGAUUCUUUAAUACGUUUCAGUCUCUUCUACCACCACAAAUUAUGGAUAAAUCAGUAUAUAAACCGUUGGUGGACAAGGGAAAUAUUAAACAUGGUGUGUCAUGCAUGUCAUUGUUUGUCGGACUGAAAGGAUCAAAGAAAGAACUUGGUAUAGAAGGUCGUAAUUGGUGGUUAUUUCCUGAUAAUGAUCUGGACAAACAAAGCAGGGAUUUUUUAUCACUGAGUGGUGAUGAGAUCGAAAAUCAAGACAUACCACUACUGUUCAUUUCAUUCCCGUCUGCUAAAGAUCCAACGUGGGAAGAACGUUACCCAGGUAAAAGUACAUGUGCUGUCAUUACAAUGGCCAAUUGGGAGUGGUUUCAGGAAUGGGAAGCUGAACGUGUUAUGAAGCGUGGUGAGGUGUAUGAAAAACGCAAGAAUGCAUUAGCUGAUGCAUUGUGGAAACGAACAUUAAAAAUGUUCCCCAAUCUGGAAGACAAGGUGGAAUAUUUUGAUAUUGGCUCACCAGUAACCAAUAAAUAUUACAUUGGUUCGCCAAAGGGAGAAAUUUAUGGUUUGGAUCAUCAAUUAAGCCGAUUUGAUGCUGAUACUAUAAGUGCACUGAGAUCUAAAACACUGGUUCCUAAUUUGUAUUUAACAGGGCAAGAUGUGUUCUGUUGUGGAUUUGCAGGUGCAUUGAUCGGGGCUUUACUCUGUGCAGGCACUGUACUCAAUCGAAAUCUCUUCAUUGAUGUCACAAUGCUACAGUACAAAAUAUCACGCAAGAAAAAGGGAAAAUGAGUAUGCUCCGAUAAUGGAUCUACUCGAAUGAUGUGACCUUAUUUUAUAUACCUCCUAGAUCGUCAAAUAAAUCGGUGGAGAGAGCAACUGCGACCACCCACAUAUUCGGUAUAGCUAUUAACUCAUUAAUAUUAAUUCGAACUAACGACGGUGUUCCAAUAUUACCGUAAUUCUGGAUUGGACAAUUUGAUUUCUAAAUAAUUUAAAACGACCCUAGCUUUAUCCCC